GGAAGAGCCUGGCAGCUGUAUAAAACUCCCUCUGAGCUCCAGUCUCCACAGAAGUUCACCAGCCCCAGCAACCAGCAUGACCAGCCAGUCUCAGGGAAUCCAGCAGCUUUUGCAGGCAGAAAAACGUGCCAAGGACAAACUGGAGGAAGCCAAAAAAAGAAAGGGUAAAAGGCUGAAGCAGGCCAAGGAAGAAGCCACAGCUGAGAUAGACCACUACAGACUGCAGAGGGAGAAGGAAUUCAGAAACAAGGAAACAAAUGUAAUGGGCUCCCAAGGUAACCUCUCUGCCAAAAUAGAAGAGCAAGCAACAGAAGCCAUCCGAAACCUUACGAGCAGCUACCACAGGAACAUGGAGGGCAUGAUGAAAAAGCUCUUGAGCACAAUAUGUGACAUCAGCCCUGAAAUUCACCCAAACUUCAGACCUGCAGUUUAAGAUUCAUUGAUGGGCUGUGUUUGUAAAAAGUAGCCUUCUUUCUUGAUAAGCAUAAAUACUUCCUCAUGUAUUGUUUCUGUAUGUGUGAGAAAAAAAGAGCACUGAAGCCAAAAGCACCCAAUUCCAUACAGGCUUUUGAUGUGACAGGAAUUACACAGGGUUUCACAAGCAUUUGUUGGAAUAUUGUUUGCUGUAGCUAAGCCCCUGUCAUUUAGACAGGGGCAAGUCAACAACAGCAGAAUAAAUGAUUAUUUGACACCA